ACUUGUGAAUUGAGCUCAAAAUGAGAGUUCCUGUAAAACUUCUGGGCUUCGUUGUCUGGUUAUUGUGCUUGAAUUUUGGCCAGUGUAGAGAUUGUCUUCGAAGCGACAUUAUAUAUGAAAAUAUAGUACCAGUUUCAGAUGCUUCAUAUGCUGAUGGAAAAACUGCGAAAGUGUUCUGCCAGAUAGGUUUUACUGGCAUAUACAUUUUAAAGUGUGAAAACGGAAAAUGGAGUGAAAGGGUUGGACGAACAUGUAAAAAGAAAAAGUGCAGUCAUCCAGGGGAUGCAGCAAACGCUGAUUUUAAACUUUUAGAUGGGACAGAGUUUGUUUUUGGAACAACGGUGGUGUAUACUUGCAAGAAAGGGUAUGAAAUGACAAGCAGAAGCAAUAAGCGUACCUGCACAUCUAAAGGAUGGGACAAUUCCGUCCCUGAGUGUGAGGCUGUGAAAUGUCCAGCCAUUCUCACAAACAGAGAUGUAAUUGCAUCGGGCAACACAAAGGAAGGGAAUUAUGGUGAAGUUAUUCAUUUUGAGUGUGCAUCUUCUGAGAAAAAGAUAGAUGGAAGCAGAGACAUUCGCUGCACAGAGACGGGCGACUGGAGUGCCCCGGUUCCAAACUGCAUAGCUGUAACUUGUGAGCUAACAUCAAACGUUGACGUGAAAAGGGUCGUCCCAGAAGGAAAAACUAUUUUCAGAGCUGGAGAAAGAGUGACAAUCACCUGCACUGAAAAAACCUGGCUUAAAUCAAAAGAAACCAGCAGAAGAUUUACAUGUCAAGAUGAUGGGCAGUGGGACUAUAAUCCUGUUUGUGAAGUGAUUACAUGUGAACCUCCAUCACGUGACCAACAUGUGUCCACCUACUUUUGGAGGACUUGGAAACUGGACGAAUCAAAAAAUUACGAGUGUGAUUCUGGUUAUUAUAAAAAGGCAGAAGUGGCCACAUGCACAAGAGAUGGAUUGACACCAAAACCUCUGUGUGCUGGAAUGUGUGCAAGACCUGAUAUUCCAAAUGCAAAAAUUGAAGGAGUUCCAAGACAAAAUUACAGUACUGCAUCAACACUACGAUAUAAAUGUAAUCCGGGAUUUGAACCUGAAGAAACUGUUGAAAUAACUUGUAAUCCCCAGGCUCAAUGGACAGGUUUACAGCAAUGCACUGCAAAGCGAGAAGAUUGCCAUGAUCUAUCUGUAAAAAAUGGGUUUAUAUAUAGUCAAUCCUUGAACAAAAAAGAAAUCCUUUACUCCUGCAACAAGGGUUACAAACCAUUCACUGGAGAAUGGUGGAGUUCAGUGACGUGUGUUAAAGGCUCUUGGUCUGAUGUUCCUCUGUGCAUCCCGGAAGAAGAAUGUGGUGCUUUGCCCAGUGUUCAGAAUGGAAAACUAAAACUUAAAGAUCAAGAAACCGCUGAAGUUGAUUGUGAUCCAGGAUUCAUAUCAAGUACACCUUCUAUAAAAUGCAUUAGUGGUACAUGGGAAACACCAACCUGUAACGAGGGUGUAAAAUGUGGCAUUCCUCCAUAUGUGGGUAAUUCAGGCAUUACAUCUAAACCUAAAGCAUUUUAUAUACAUGGAUCAAGUGUUACAUACACAUGCCGAAACCCGUUUGUAAUGAUUGGGAAAAGUACAGUUUUCUGCAGCAAUGGAAAAUGGGAAGAAACACCAACAUGUGAAGCAAGGUGUCUUAGGCCACAUGAGAAUUAUAUGGUACUGGCAACUGAUAAAGACACAUACCAGGAUAAAGAAAUUCUGAACUACCAAUGCAUGAAGCCAUAUGAUAAAAUUCCAGAAGGAGAGUGGAUCUGUGAAAAUGGAAAAUGGACUGGAGACUUUGUCUGCACAAGUGACAUCUGCCCACCUCCUCCUUAUAUUGAAAAUGGAAGUCAUUUUAGUAGGAAUCCAGAUGAUAAAAUGCCUACUGAGGUAUACUAUGAAUGCCAGGCUUACUAUGUGCUGAGUGAGAGAAAGCAAUAUUACAGGUGUGAAAACGGGAGAUGGGAAACCCCUCCGAAAUGUCUGAAGCCUUGUCAAGUUACACAAGAUAUUCUUGAAGCACACAACAUGAGACCCGAUCAACAAACAGGCUAUAUAAAGCAUGGUGACUAUGUUGACUAUUAUUGCCAGCAUAGAUUGAUUGUUAGGACAGGACACUACAAGAAAGCAACAUGUUCUGAUGGGAAGUUGGAAAUUGAAUCAUGUGAGUAGAUGUGUUUGUGUAUUAUCAGAUGUACAGGAAUUAGCUGAGGUCAUCAGAUGUGCCUAUGGCUAAUCUACAGUCAUAUUUACCAACCUGAUAAUAUUGAGGCUCAUUUAAUAAGCCUGUUUUCUUGAGGUUUGAUUUGAUGACCCUGAUGCAUUAAUUGCAUUUUUGUUGCGCUGUUCUCAUCACUCUCAACUGUUUCAACUCUUCUCUGAUUGUUGGCUAUCUGAUCUUCUCUGCUCUCUCACUCUGUGCUUGAUAAUUGUUCAUUGUCUCAAGCUUCAUGUGCAAAGGCAAAAGCAUACUCGUCAUUGCCUUCUUGUGCAUUGGCUCACAUCAGUUCUGCACGCAGAGGUCAGCAUAUUUUCUGUUGCUGUUUUUUCCUGGAGGGUUAUUUUCUGUUUGGUUCAGUCAUGCAGCACCCAGAAGAAAGCUGACUAUCCGAGUGCUUUAUUUCCCUUUAUUAAUAAAUACUAUUUCUGUGAUUUA